UGAAGAUUACGCACUCUAGCCUAGCAAUUACGUUCUCAUCUCGAUAUUUGAAUACUAUAAAGCAAUCACUACCAAAUUGAAGCCAGCAAAUUUUUAAAAAAUAAGUAAACAAACGUAAACGUAUAAUCAAUUAAAAUCUGCUGGUGAUUCACGUUGACUUUAUUUCGUCAUGACGUAAAUAAAUGUAUGUCAAGCAAUACUAGCUACAUCCGUACAAGAGUGCAAUACAUUUCCUGGAGAUUUUUUCCAAAUAUAGAAUCAUCUCCUCCAUGUCCUCGGAAUAAAACGUAAUAAUUGGGGUGGGGGGAGGUAAAUUGACAUGAAGAUUUUCAUUGAUCCGAUCGUGUGAUCCACCCCAUUUCGUCGAUAAAUACCUCGUGCUGACGGCAAUCAGCCAAUUAAGCGUAAAAGUGAAGGCUGAUCUGUCCAUUUAGCUGGCAUUCAUUUGUUAUCAGGCGGAUUGAGGAAGAUGUCGUCCAGAGCUCCGGAGGGAAAAAGCGAUGUGAAGGAGGUGAUGACUGUCAAUUUACGCAGUGACACGUUCACCAAACCAUGUCAGGCCAUGAGGCAGGCUAUGUUCCAGGCAGAAGUCGGGGAUGAUGUAUACCAUGAGGAUCCAACAGUUAUUAGAUUAGAGAAAUACGUCGCAGAAUUACUGGGAACGGAGGCCUCACUAUUUAUAACGAGUGGAACGAUGGGAAAUCUCGUCGCCAUGAUGGUGCACUGCAAUACCCGAGGCUGUGAGAUAUACGUCGGCGAGGAUUCGCACAUCGUGCACCACGAGCAGGGAUCAGCAGCCCAGAUAGCGAACAUCACAGUGUGCGCGCUUCCGAAUAAUCCCGAUGGAACAUUUGACCUGAAGAGACUGAAAUUGAAGUUGAGGGACCCCUCAAACUAUCACCACCCCAUUUCUCGGCUUAUCAGCGUAGAGAACACGAUAAAUGGAAAAAUUCUCCCCCUGCAGUGGCUGAAAGAACUAGUGGCAUUUAGCAAAGAACACAAAUUGAAGCUGCACAUGGACGGUGCGAGGAUCUGGUACGCCUCGAUAAUCGGUGGAAUACCAAUCAGAGACAUUGUCGAGGGCUUUGACUCAGUCACCUUCUGUCUGAGUAAGAUAGGUGCACCAGUUGGAUCAAUGCUCUGCGGAUCCAGGGAAUUCAUCACUCAAGCAAGGAGAAUGAGAAAAGUUCUCGGUGGUGGGAUGCGUCAGGUUGGAGUACUGGCAGCUUGUGGCUUCGUUGCCAUCGAAAAACUUCCCAAGCUCACCGCAGAUCACGUGAAAGCUGUCGCAAUGAUGAAAGCUGUCAACGAACUUGAGUCCGAUAUUUUCAAAGUUCAUCCAAUCGAUGCACAGACCAACAUGGCUUGGAUAAGCGUUGAGGAGACAGAUGAGAUAACAGCACCGAAAUUUGCUAAACGACUUGGAGAAAUUGAGGACGAUCACGAGGACGAUCAGGUCAGAGUAUUGGCAUGGUCUGUACAACCCAGGACUGUUAGGCUCUCCUUCCACUGCGAUGUGUCCGAGGAGGAGGCCAGUGCUGCCCAGAGGAAGAUUCGAUAUAUUAUCAGGAAGCUGGAUCCUAAGUUCCAGAAGAAUUAGUGAAAUUAAUCCGAAUUCAUUGAAUUAAUUAUCCAUGCCAUAUUCCUUAGGACUCAUGAGUGACUGAAAAAAAGUACGAUGAGACUGCGAUUAUUGGAAAAAUGUAUUCCACUUUUUGAUAAAAAUAAAGGAAAUAAUACAUAAAUAGUUUGACAAUUUGUAAUACCUGCAGGGAUGAAAAAAUUCAUUGAACAAUUAAAGAAUACAAUUAUUGAUUAGUUACUAUCCCAUUUUCCCGAGAAUUUAGUUGCUAUUUCCGAUAUCCUCUGAUAUCUGGAGAUAAUUCCGGGAUAUUUUUAUCAAGAUGAGACUGGAGGGAAUCUCCGGAGAUUUCAAAUUGCUCGUUAUUAUCAACAUUAACAAAAUACACACUAUUAUCAAUAAAUUAAUAAAAUGAUCAUUUGAAAUUAGGUAGACAGAAUGUGAAAUUCUUUGACUUGAAACUGCACGAAUAGUAUUCUGAUAGCAAAGUAAUUGCUAUCUCAGGAAUUUUUUAUUUCCAUUAUGUU